ACUGGCAAUUGAUGAAAUGCAUCGAUUUCUAGGCAUAUUCUACUGUUGGAUUUUUCUACAAAAUGCAAACUUCACUGAGCCGUUGGUAAAGACUCCGACGAAUAAGCUUAAGACAUUGCAGCACCUCAUUAUGGAACCCUCUAACAAUCUAAGCCUGGCUCAAAAGGAGAGCAUGCAGGCCAGUUGCAAGAAGGUGCACCAAAGGUGUCUAUACGCUGAGGAGUGUUGCACUCAGCAAUGUGUGAAGCGUUACAAGAGGUGUACUCACUUCUGGCCCUAAUUGAACAAAUAUUAGUUAAAUUAUAUAUAAUUUAUAUUUAUAUUAAAUAAAAAAAUAUAUGUAUCUAAAUUCCA